UCUAUCUCAUUUAACUUGACAAAUCACAACCAAGUAGGCUCCAACAAGGAUCUCUGUCCAUCUUACACAUAUGACCCCUCUACAGAUGAAGACGUAACAGGCACAUCCAAUGGCCCAUCUCUCCCUCCCCCACUCAACCCAUCUACAGUUCAGGACGUAACAAGCUCCCCUCAAGGUCCAUCUCCUCCUCCACCAUUCAACCUAUCUACAGUUCAGAACGUAACAAGCUCCCCUCAAGGUCCAUCUCCCCCUCCUCCAUUCAACCCAUCUACAGUUCAGGACGUAACAAGCUCCCCUCAAGGUCCAUCUCCUCCUCCACCAUUCAACCUAUCUACAGUUCAGGACGUAACAGGCUCCCCUCAAGGUCCAUCUCCCCCUCCUCCAUUAAACCCAUCUACAGUUCAGGACGUGGCAGGCUCAAACCAAGGUCCAUCUCAACAUACUACAUUCAACUACUCUACAGAUUCUCAAGGUUCUCCCAAAGAUCUUCUGGACCAACAUUCUACACCUCCACAGUUCAGGAUCAUACUGGCUCAUUUCAACCUUCCACAUUCACCCCUCAAAACCAAACAGGACAAUUGACACCAUUAAAUGCACUUUCUGGACCCUCAACUGUUUAGGACCAAACAG